UAGGCUGUGGGCGGAGUACCCGUCACCGGUUGACCUACCAAACUCAGCUGUCAGCUGUGUGUCUGCAUUGUAAAGAUGGCAGGAAGCAACUCUUAUACUAUAGUAGAAUAUUUUGGAGGGGAUGAUGGCUACCGCUGCGGUUACUGCAAAAAUGAUAAGGGAAACUUCUCUCACGGAAUGUGGUCUCAUUCUAUGACCGUACAAGACUACCAAGAUUUAAUCGAUCGGGGAUGGAGAAGAAGUGGAAAAUAUGUUUACAAGCCCAUAAUGAAGAAGACAUGCUGUCCUCAGUAUACCAUCAGGUGUCAUGCACUGAAUUUCCAGCCUUCUAAAUCUCAUAAGAAAAUCUUGAAGAAAAUGAGCAAAUAUAUUUCUAAAGGAGAACUGCCAACAGCACAGGCGGAUGGGGAGCCAAUGGAUUCUGUCUGCGAAGAAGCUGGUCCACGGGAACCUACUAAAGUCUGUCAGUCAGAUUUAAAAGUUGUUGCUAACGCAGAUAUUAAAGAUGAAGUACCAAACUGUUCCGCUGCUACAGAAGUUCAGAAAAACUCAGAGGAUUCUACAGCUGGAAGUUCAGAAAAUUUCCAGAAUGAUUCAGCUUCAGUCUCAGAAGGGGGAACAGAUGCCAAAGCUUCUAAGCCAGGGUUGGGAGCAGAUCCUAGCCGUCCGCCUUGCAGAAAGGCCAAAGAUUUAAGAAAGGAGCGUCGUCUUCAGAAAGACCAGAAAAGACAACAUGGUGCUGGAAUCUCGCUAGCAAAGCCUGCCAAUACUAACCAACCCAAAACACUGGAGGAGUUCAUCAGCGAGUCUUUAGAGGACAACUCCUCUGAUCGCCUUGAGGUGAGGCUAGUGCGCUCCAAUCCCCCUAGCCAGCAGUUCAAAGCCUCUUUCGACGCCUCCUACCAGGUGUACAAACUCUACCAGAUGGCCAUUCACAAGGAUCCUCCUGACAAACCCUCCGAGAGCCAGGUGAGGCUAGUGCCGGUGAACUUUGAGGACUCCCAGUUCUCUGCGUCGUAUCAACAAUCGGCGGCGCUGUACGCCCGCUACCAGAUGGCCAUUCAUGGUGAUGACCCAAGUGAAUGUAGAGAGAGUGAGUUCCGGAGAUUUCUUUGUGAUUCACCACUAGAGGCAGAACAUUCUCCAGAUGGACCGGAGAUGGGAUACGGCUCCUUCCACCAACAGUACUGGCUGGAUGGACGCAUCGUAGCCGUGGGAGUGAUUGACAUCUUGCCUGCAUGUGUGUCUUCUGUCUACCUUUACUACCACCCAGACUUUACAUCGCUGUCUUUAGGGUCCUACUCUGCUCUCAGGGAGAUUGCUUUCACAAGGAAACUGCAGAAACAGUCCACCAAGCUGUGCUACUACUACCUGGGCUUCUACGUCCACUCCUGCCCCAAGAUGCGCUACAAGGGACAGUACCGGCCCGCUGACCUCCUCUGCCCAGAAUCCUACACUUGGGUUUCUGUGGAGCAAUGCAUACCGCUGCUCAACAACUCCCGCUAUGCUCGUUUAAAUCAGGACCCUGAUGCAGGAGACUCUCAGGCGGUGAAGGAUGUGGGCAGAGCGCUGGUGCUGCACAAGCGGACCGUCAUGCCCUACAUAGUGUACAGCUGCAAAUUUAAGGGCCGCAGCGACACGGCCGAGGUGCAGGAGUACGCCAGCUUGGUCGGUCAGGACUGCGUGGAAAGGAUCUUACUCUACCGCUCCUGAACACGGAGCAUCGCCCCACUGCCACCUCACCCUGGAGAAUCAUCUGUUUUGAUUAAAAGAGCUCCCUGCUGCAGCCUCACUAUGUUUGCUUCAACACAAUCUACUGUGAGCAGGUACCUAAUCAUACACACAGCCCAAUCAAUAAGAAUAUCAAUGAAAAGCUCAUUUAAAUCAGAAAGUAGUAUUUUGCUAACAGUGACAUUUUGAUGAUUAUGGCUUAUAGCUGAAAAACAUUUUUAGGACUAUUAAUUUUACAUGAGACAAAAAAUAAUUAGUACAGAGGUUUCCUAUUUCCAUAUUCAUUUUUUGUUAUUUAUAUGUACAUAUACAUAACUUUAUCUUUCAUUGACUUGACAGAAAAAUUUCACCCAACAAUAUUAAAAACUAUGCAUAUUACAAAUAUGGAUUCAUGCAUUUUCAAGGAAACCUAAAGGGUCAUUUUGUUUGUCUUUUUUUGGCUUAUAGCCCAGUUUAAUAUCAGUGUUUUAACCUACACCUCUGAUGUUUAACUGCGCAUGAAUUAAGGGGGUCAGACAAGAAACCAAACCACUGAAGCAAUCAUUUUUAAACAGAACAAAGGUAUAAAAGUUUACAAACUGUGUCAAAGCGUUGUAGAUUUUGAAACAGAGCUGAUCUGAACUAAUCCAGAUGGCAGCAAAAGCAGGGAAUAGCUCUUUAUCAAGUGUGUUGUUUCAGGAUUUGUAAAAUAUACAGAUAAUCAGCCCAGACUAAUGAAAAUUCUUGAAAAUUUUCAAUUUUGCAUUUUUUUUUGUGCUUAAAUUUUCAGAAUACAAAAGAAAUUUGCAAAAGCAUGAAAAUUUCAGGCUAGAAAAGUGUUUCAGUAAAAAAAAAAAAGGAAUACUAAGUCCAAAAAUGUUAACCUACUUAAAUUUAUAUCUAUGUAUUUUACAAUAUACAAACUUGUUAGUCAAGGUUCCUUUUCCAUCAAUUGCAUUAAUACAACGUUGCAUGGAGGCACAGGUUGCUUUUUUCAUCUCACUUUAUCCUUCCACUUAACUUUCCAUCAUUAUGCUGGGUAACAGGACUCCGAACAUCCAGCUUCUGUCACAAUGACCUUUUGUCCUAUAAAGGGUGUCUUUGACUGCUGGUUUUUAUGCUGUCGUACUCAAGUGAGUUUCAUUAGCUGUAGGCCAUAAUCAUCCAAAUGAAUAAAAUUACUGAAUUAAAUGACCUUUUCAUUGAUGAUGUAAUUUAUUGAGAUGUUUUUCUGACUUGCUACAAGACCGGUCAACUGAAUAUUUUUAUUCUUUUUUUUUUUUUUGAGACGAUAAUCAGUUUGAAUUCUUCUCUUUUAAACCAUCCUUAAAUUUUAUGUUUAAGUUUUUAUGUUGGAAACCAGCAUCGGUUUAGAAACCUGACUCCAGUUUGACUUCACUGCUUCCUUAAUGACAUGUUCUGUUUUGAAAGUCAACUAUUUGUCUUCUUUGUUUUACUUUUAUUCAAUAAGAAACACAUUUAUUGUCUCAUAUUAAACUACAGUAAUUUAAUGACUUUCAUGUACAAGGUUACUUUAAACCAUGUUUCUGUUUUAAGUGUAAUUUUCUUUAUAUAGUCUUUCUGUUCUUUUGUUUGUUUAAACCAAAUAAACAGUUUGCAUAUU